UAUUUCGAAUUUUGAUUAACUAGCACAAAAUCACAUACAGAUUAAUCGAGUAUCAGAUGGAAUCACAAUCUAAUUAUGUUCCGAGAUGGACACCUAGUCCCAUUCGAUCACCUCAUCGACGUAACGAAUCGGAGACAAAUGAAAGUGUUAGCUCUGAAGAAGACAUUUCUUUUAGCCACAUUAAUAAUCCAACAAAAAAUUUCCCAUUUACACCAAGUAUUGGUUCAAUUGAAGCACCAUCUCUAAGGGUUGAUUCUGAAAUAAAAAGGUCAAUAGAGAUGGAAAGUACUAAUUAUUAUGAGCCACCUAAACAAAUUAGUGUUACUAAUCCUAUGAUUAGUAAUACUAAUUUUGGUUAUGAUGAUGAUGUGGCUUUGGGUGGAAAGUUGAUUAAUGAAGGAAUUUAUUUAACAUGGAAAGAUUUAUGGGUAACUGUGCCUGAUAAAAAAAGUGGGAGAAGAGCUAUUUUGCAAGGGCUUACUGGUUAUGUACAACCUGGUGAAGUUUUGGCAAUUAUGGGUCCUUCUGGUUGUGGCAAAUCAACACUUCUUGAUACUCUAGCAGGGAGAUUGGAUUCGAACACAAGACAAAGAGGAGAAAUCCUCAUCAAUGGUCGUAGACAAUCACUUGCUUUUGGCACUUCGGCAUACGUGACGCAAGAUGACAUAUUGAUGACAACCCUAACAGUAAAAGAAGCAAUUUACUAUUCAGCCCAACUCCAAUUACCGGAUUCGAUGUCGAGAUCAGAGAAGAGAGAUAGGGCUGAACAAACCAUAAGAGAAAUGGGUUUACAAGAUGCAAUGAACACAAGAAUUGGUGGAUGGAGUGUUAAAGGGCUAAGUGGUGGACAAAAAAGAAGAGUUAGUAUUUGUAUUGAAAUAUUAAAAAGGCCCAAACUAUUAUUUCUUGAUGAACCAACAAGUGGGCUUGAUAGUGCUGCUUCUUAUCAUGUUAUGAAUAAAAUUGUCCAAUUGGCUAAACAAGAUGGAAGAACUAUUGUUGCUUCAAUUCAUCAACCAAGUAGUGAAGUUUUUCAACUUUUUCACAAUCUUUGCCUUUUGUCCUCUGGAAGAAUUGUCUACUUUGGUAACAUUUCUAAUGCUAAUGAGUAUUUUGCUUUGAAUGGUUUCCCAUGUCCAACUAUGAGGAAUCCAUCUGAUCAUUAUCUAAGGACAAUCAACAAGGACUUUGAUAUUGAUAUUGAAAAAGGAGUUGGUGGAAAAGCUACUGCUACAGAAGCAAUUGAUAUUCUUGUUAAGUCAUACAAGACUUCACAGGGUUGUCAACAAGUUCAACGUAAAGUUUCAGAAAUUUGCCAACAGAGUGGAGGAGAAGAUGCAAAGAAAGGAAGUCAAGCAGGUUUCAUUACUCAAUGUAUGGUUCUCACAAGGAGGUCUUUCGUGAACAUGUAUCGCGAUCUUGGUUAUUACUGGCUACGUUUUGCAAUUUAUAUUGCUUUGUGUUUGUGUGUUGGCACUAUUUUUCAUGACAUUGGACAUGACUAUGGCUCCAUUCAGGCUAGAGGUUCAAUGUUGAUGUUUGUUGCUGCCUUCUUGACUUUUAUGGCUAUUGGUGGAUUCCCUUCAUUUGUUGAAGAUAUGAAAAUUUUCACUCGAGAAAGAUUAAAUGGACACUAUGGUGUAGCUGCAUAUGUGGUGGGAAAUACAUUUUCUUCCAUUCCUUACCUUUUAUUAAUCUCAGUUAUACCUGGCGCUAUCGCUUAUUACCUCGUCGGAUUACAAAAAGGGUUCGAUCACUUCGCGUAUUUUUCACUAGUACUUUUUGCGACCAUGAUGUUAGUCGAGAGUCUCAUGAUGAUUGUAGCAAGCAUUGUCCCCGACUUCCUCAUGGGAAUCAUAACAGGAGCUGGAAUUCAAGGUGUUAUGAUGCUUAAUGGAGGUUUUUUCAGAUUGCCUAAUGAUCUUCCUAAGCCAUUUUGGAAGUACCCAAUGUAUUACAUUGCAUUUCACAAAUAUGCAAAUCAAGGAUUUUACAAGAAUGAAUUCUUGGGAUUAAAUUUCCCUAAUGAACAAAUUAGAGGGCCAGCCAUAAUUAGUGGUGAAGAAAUAUUGAGAAAUGUAUGGCAAGUACAAAUGGGAUAUUCAAAAUGGGUGGAUGUUGCUAUAAUAUUUGGAAUGGUAAUACUCUAUAGGUUCAUGUUUUUGGGAAUAAUUAAAACUGUGGAGAAAGUUAAACCUAUGAUUAGAGCAUUUAUGGCUCGUUCUUCUAAAAAUCCAACUCAUGCUGAAGAUCUAGACUCUUGAUUGUGUUACUUAUUAUAUUUUGUUGUUGAUGUAAAAUGUGUACCAAAGUUUAUUAUUAAUUGUUGUAUUCAAGACCAACGUGAGGUUGGUC